AUGCAUCCUUUCGGACGACCAGCUGCUCGGCAGACGGCCCGGGCGCCUGCUCGUCCCGUUCCUGUACCUGCACAGCCUGUGCGCCCCGUGGCUAGGCGACCAGUUCUUAGGCCACUCCCCAUUCCACCAGUUCAUCCUACGGUUAGGCGUCCAGUGCAUACCGCUCAUGUUGCGCAGGUUGCCCAGGCCCCUCAGCGUCGGCAGCCUGCUGUAGUUAUUCUACCCGUUCGUCUGACGGUUAGGCAUCAAGUGCCUACUGCUCCUGUUGUGCGGGUUGCCCCGACCCCUCAACACCGGCAGCCUGCUGUAGCUGUUCCACCUGUUCAUUCGACAGUUGCUCUGGCCCCUCAGCGCCGGCAGCCUGUUGCUGUUGUUACCCCCUUUGUUCCGGAAGAGGGGUGCCCAGACCGAGGUGCCUUCGCCCUCUUCUGGCCGGGUUUCUAUUUUGCUCGACUUUCUCACUAUGAGGCCGCCGGGCAGACCCCGGCACUUUCAGUCGUCCCUGUUCCCCCUGCCACACAGGCAGUAGAUUCAGAUGUCCCUUCCACGUCCACCUCCGGCCUUGGGAGAAGGGCCCGGAGGAAUAGGAAUAAGAGGCAGCGGAGACCACGACCAGUGUCAGCAGUACUCACCCCAGAGGUGAUAGUAGCUCCUGAGAUAGAGGCGAUCCAGGGAGGAUGCUUCUCUCCACUGAAACAUAGUGGGGAUGAGGAGGACAUUGCCCGCAUUACGGCGGCUCCUCCAGCUACCACUACCUUACCCCGGGCUAGGUUCCCUAGGGAUGCUGGCUACUCUUCAGUUGCAGAGACAGACCACGAGAUCGAGAGACAGCAGCGGGAGCCUGCUCGGCCUCAAAUCAGUUCAGUGGAGGUAGCCCCAGAGCAACCAGCUACCAGUAUAAAGCCCCGUCGUAGUAGAUGGGUUUGGAGACGUCGGCAGGCAGGCACCCCUGUCGAGCCAGUACAGUCAGUAGAGACAGUGCAACCAGAUGAGACAAUACAGUUAGCAGAGGUAGUACAGUUAGUUGAGGCCACACAGUUAGUUGAGAUAAUACAUUUAAUUGAGGCAAUUCAGCCAGUAGGUAUAGUAGACCCACUUGAUGUAGUUGUUCCUUCUGGGUCCGAGGUGGUCCUAAAGACUUAUGAUAUAGAUACAGGGCCUAGCCCUGAUGGAUCACCAGACCGAGUAGAGAUAGAGCCUGCUCCCAGCCCUCAUAGGAUCACCUCUCCUAUGAGUCCCUAUAUAGAGGCACUUCGACGAUCUUUUUUAGAGGAUGAUGAUAUACUGGAAAGUGAGUUAGAUGACAAUAUACCAGUAUACUGGACCUGUGUGAUUACCCGGUGA